AUGUCAGAGCUGCUGUGGCGCAGCCUCAAUCAAAAGAUGGAAGCUCCUGAAGACAGCGGCGAGAGCCACUUGCGCCCCUUGUCUGUGCGAGAUAACUCGGGGACUUUGGCAAAGAAGAAGGGCUGGGGUGCCUUUUGGACUGCCACAUUGCUGGAAAACAUGGGAACCAUCCUCGUCGGCCUCAUCUACCCUGACUUGGCGGUGGCAUCAUUGAAUGGUGGCAUCGACCCGUGUGCUGGCGUUGGGGCGCAGAGCCUGAAGUGCCAAGAAGCUUUGUCAAAGGCGUCUGCAGCGUUUUCCAUGUUUGGACUGAUCGGCGCCAUUUGCAGCUUUCUUUGCAUACCCAUUGUCGGAACGGCGGCAGAUCACUUCGGCCGCCGACCUUUGCUGAUCUUUUCCUUCUUGUGUUCGAAGGUGCCUACCAUCACACUUCUUUGCGUGGCUUAUGCCAACAUCUCCAUCUAUUUCUUUUUUGCCGCCUUGAUGAUCACUGCCAUGGUGCCCAGCACCAUGCUAUUCUGGUUUUGGAUCAAUGACAUGACGACGCAAGACGAGCGCGUUCGAAUGUUCGGAAGAUUGCAGGCAUUCUCCAAUCUGGAAGGUAUUGUCAUACCCUUUUCUGCUGCGUUCAUGCAUGGCAAGCAUGCCGUCCUCCUCCUAGCCAGCGUUCGUCUCUCAGCGGUGCUCACGGUGAUUUGCUUCGUGCCAGAGUCACGGCCUCCACCUCAAUUGAGGAACAGUUUGUGGGGAGAUGGGCGGCUGGCAUUUUUGAACCGAUGGCAGGGGGUCUCAAAACUGUGUUCUGACCGCUCCUUGAGAACCUUCUUGCCAUUGGCCUUCAUUGCUUCGGGCACUGGAGCAGGCAUCAAUUCUUUGAGCUUCUUGUACUGCAAGGCAAGAUUUGGCUUCCAGAUGCAAAACUUCGCCCCUUUCAUCUCAGUCACAACCCUUAGCAAUGCGAUUGUGAACCUGAUGCUGAUCAAUCCGCUGCAUCGUGUCCUCGGCUUACGUGGUCUCUUUGCCUUCUCCCUCGUAGCAGGCACUUUCAACCUGGUGGCUUUCUCUUUGGCACCCACUCCCAUAUGGUUGAUGCUGGCCUGCAUCACCUCAGGUUUGAGCAACGUGGGCAACCCUGCGAUCCAAGCACUCAUGUCCAACCUAUCAGAGUCGGUACAAGGAAUGACGCCAGGAGAGUCUGUUUUUCUUGGCCCGAGGCCCUACUUUCCUAUUUUGUUAUAUAAGUAGGUGCAUGUUCAAUUGAGGAUAAAUAAAGAGAAAUAAGCUAAGUUGGCUACUACAUAUGGACGGAGGAUAGCUCAUGCGUCUUCAGGGAAGCUCCUCCCGCCGCCUGGGGAGCUUCCUUGAAGAAGCGCUCGCAUGAAUGAUUUGGUUUCCAGAUUUUUAGGGAAGCUUAACAAUAUGGUACAGGGAAUGACGCCAGGAGUGGCACUUGGAGCUUUACAAGCAGUGCAGUCCUUGGUUUUGAUCCUGAUGCCACCGCUUUUCCAGGGCAUCUUCUCUUUUGCUAUGAGCAGGCAUCCAACACUACUCUUCUUGCCAUUCGCCGUUGGUUCCAUGUUUAAUCUUAUUUGUUUUCUGGCACUUUCUUGCAUCCCGAAGAAUUUCUUCCCACGUUCUGAUUCCGAAUAA